GUGCUCUCACUUGUUCAUUGGCUAGAAUCUAGACUCAUAAACAAAGUAGUUGUAUACGGGGGGCAAGAAGAACAGCUCCGGAAGAACUUCAGUAUCUGGUCGGUCCUCGGAAUCAGCUUCUCUUUGGCCAACUCGUGGUUCGGUAUCUCCACUGCCUUAGUUGCCGGCAUCAACUCGGGUGGUCCUGUGCAGCUUGUUUAUGGCAUCAUAAUUGUGACGGUCGCAUGUUCUGCGAUCGGUGUAAGUCUUGCUGAGCUCGCAUCGGCUAUGCCGAACGCUGGGGGGCAAUAUUUCUGGACCAGUCAACUAGCGUGCCCGCGGUAUGCAAAGUUCACCUCGUAUUUGACGGGCUGGAUAGCCUGGGCCGGAUCUCUCUUCACAUGUGCAAGCAUAGCUCUUGGUGUGGGCAACCUAUGUAUGGGUGCCAUACAGAUGGCACACCCAGAACUAGAGAUCACGCCGUGGAUGAGCUUCGUCGCUUAUCAGGUCAUUCAUAUCACCUGUGCCCUCUUCAACAUCUCGAGUCGUGCUCUGCCAACUAUAACAUUUGCCACGCUCUGGACGUCCAUCAUCUCAUUUCUUGUCAUCAUUCUCGUCGUGCCGAUCAAAGCGCCCACCCACCAAUCUGCUAGCUUCGUCUUCACGAAAUUCGUCAACCAUACAGGCUGGUCCAACGACGGAAUAGCGUAUAUCGUUGGUCUGAUUAAUCCGAACUGGGCUUUCAAUGGCCUCGACUGUGCUGUACACAUGGCCGAAGAGGUUCCCAACCCAGCCAGAAACAUCCCGAUCGCGAUACUCGGCACCGUGGGAAUAGGCUUUGUUACAGCUUGGCUAUUCGCCAUCGGUAUCAUGUUCAGCAUCGGGGACUUCGACGAGGUAGCCGCCACACCGACCGGCGUACCCAUUCUACAGCUCUUCUAUCAAGCGCUACAAAGCAAAGCUGGGGCUAUCGUUCUGUUAUCGCUGAUCAUUUUAACGGGCUGCGGUUGCUUGAUUGCUUCACACACCUGGCAGGCCCGCCUGUGCUGGUCUUUCGCACGGGACAACGGUAUGCCAGGCUCACAUUACCUCCGACAAGUUCAUCCUGAGCUUCGAGUGCCUCUCUGGGCACACUUUGUAAGCUGUGUCAUUGUGAGCAUCGUUGGCUGCCUUUACUUGGCUUCCUACACUGCAUUUAACAGUAUGGUGACAGCUUGCGUUGUGUUGCUUUACACGUCGUACGCGAUACCGGUUGUGUGUUUACUCAUUCGCGGCCGCAACACCAUUAAACACGGUCCUUUUUGGCUUGGUCGACUUGGCCUCGUCUGCAAUAUCGUUCUGCUGCUUUGGCUAUCCUUUGCGCUUGUGAUGUACGCUUUCCCUCCUGUCCAACCCGUUACUGGAGAUAACAUGAACUAUGUCUCCGUUGUAUACGCCAUCACGGGAGUAAUAAUUGUCGCAUGGUGGUACGCUCGCGCCCGCAAGGAAUAUGAUCCUAUCGAUAUCAAAUAUUAG